UUCUCUCUUCAUAUUCCCCAAAACUUAUAACCAAACCAAUAUCAUCUCUCUCUCGAUGAUCAUCAUCUUCUACGCAUCCAUAUCAGUCUGAUCUCCUUAUUCUUCCUCUGAUAUUCCUGGUUUUCUAUGCUAACAAACGACUAACUAAUAUUUGAUACACAUAUAUAGAUAUAUGUGUAUAACUAUUUCACAGAUCAAAGAAAAGAAAUAAUGGAACCAGUGGAUCAGUCAUGUAGUGUUCCUCCGGGAUUCAGGUUCCAUCCAACAGAUGAAGAGCUCGUUGGUUACUAUUUGAGGAAGAAAGUGGCAUCACAAAAGAUCGAUCUUGAUGUCAUUAGAGAUAUUGAUCUCUACAGAAUCGAACCAUGGGAUUUACAAGAAAGAUGCCGAAUCGGGUAUGAGGAACGAAAUGAAUGGUAUUUCUUCAGCCACAAAGAUAAGAAAUAUCCAACAGGAACAAGAACAAACAGAGCGACCAUGGCUGGUUUUUGGAAGGCCACAGGUCGAGACAAAGCUGUCUAUGACAAGUCAAAACUGAUGGGGAUGAGGAAAACACUUGUAUUCUACAAAGGAAGAGCCCCUAAUGGCCAAAAAACUGAUUGGAUCAUGCAUGAAUACCGGCUAGAAUCAGAUGAGAAUGCGCCUCCUCAGGAAGAAGGGUGGGUGGUUUGUAGAGCUUUCAAGAAAAAACCAACGACCGGGCAAACCAAGAACACAGAAACUUGGAGAUCAGGUUACUAUUACGACCAAUUACCUAGCGGAUUUGGCUCGGGUAUGGAGCCACUCAAUUACGUAUCUAAGCAAAAACAAAACACUUUUGCACAAGAUUUUAUGUUCAAGCAAGAACUAGAAGGGUCGGAUAUCGGUUUAAACUUCAUCGACUGUGAUCAAUUCAUUCAACUUCCGCAGCUAGAAAGCCCUUCACUGCCUCUUCUGAAGAAUCAUAAUAAAUACAAAAGACCACUAACAGAAGAUGGUGAGAAUUUCGACGAGCUGAUAAGUAGCAAAAGUAAAGAUAAGAAGAAGAAGAAGAAGAAAGCAUCAGUGAUGACAACGGAUUGGAGAGCCUUAGAUAAAUUUGUUGCUUCUCAGCUUAUGAGCCAAGAAGAUGGAAUUUCAGAUUUUGGAGUUCAUCAAGAAGACAACAACAAUAAAACUGGUCAUUGCAAUAACAAUGGUGUAGAGAUGCCUUCAUCGUCGUUAUUGCGUGAUAGAGAAGAAGAGAACAGGUUCAUCAGUGGGUUCUUGUGUACGAAUUUGGACUAUGACUUAAUAUAGGGAUUUGCAUGUUUGAUAAAAGAUAAUGAUAUAUAGUAAUAGUACGGUGCGUGACGUUUUCUAUGGAAUAAAUUGAUAUAAUAUAACAUAUAGAAAUUGUAAGAGAUUUAUUUUUCUUUUUCUUAUUACAUGGAUAUUAUAUAUACUUUUGUGAAAAAAUAACUGGC